UUGGCCUGCAUUUUUGUCUCACGGCCGAGGCCGACAAAACGUCGACGGCGUACGGGGAUACCACUAGGUAGGGAACAUGAGCCAGCCACGCCGCCAGCUUAGACAAUAGGGAAUUCUCUCAUGUGCAGACCUCUUCCCUCCUUCAAACGGCGUUUUUCUUCUUCUCAAACAGUGGGGUCGAUCAGCGUUGUUCACUGAAAACAUAAGGCAGUCACCGGAGACAGCGAAAAGGUGAUAAAAAAGCUUCGAUAUCGAGCACCGUUUCCUUCGCUUAGGAUGCCUGCCGAUUUUUUUUCUUCCUUUCUUUUCUUUCUUUUCCCACGUGCUGGCACUUUACGAAACAAGGCUACAUCUAGACGACAUGGGCUAAGGGGGGGGAUCCAAAGAGGUCCAGAGCCCGAUGGUGCGCAAACGACCCAUGGGAAACAAAUGUGGUUGGUGAGGAACGGCACGGCAGUUGGGGGCGGCGGCGGGUUCCAAUUGCCACUAGGUAGACUAGCGAAGCAACCCAGGGCGGGAAAAGUAGAUGUGGCUUGCGGAAGAUCGAGAGAAAGCUACUUGGGCGGGCUUUGGAUGCCAUCAUCCCAAGUCUGUGCAAGCCCGUGCUUCAUUAGAGGGUUGGGGGUUCGUCUCUUCAAAUGGCCUUCUUGGCUCUGUAGCCUUGUACAAUGGAAACGCGAAACCUGCUAUGUUGUGGUGGUUCUUGUGCGACGUUGGAGAGACGAAAGCCGAAGGUCAAAAAUAGCUCCGAUGAUUUUGCGGUAUUUCGGGUCCAGGGAGAGAGAUGAGCCACAGGACCUAUAAAAGAGUGACAAGAAAGAAGGCUCCACGGCAGGAAAUAAGAGUCACUGUUUGCCAGUCCACAUUCAUCUCAUCUAUGACGACAGCUGAGGCGGGCAAGUUCAAUUUGAAUUGAUAGACCGGGGUUUGUUGUUGUUGAGAUGAACUA